GUACAGUUAGUGUACUAGUUCCAUUUAAAAGUAGCUGAUGGUGGGGUAGUUAGGGAAUCAAGCAACUUUGGAUUUACUACACUAAUGUAAAGUGAAAUUAUUGUAAAAUCAAUGAGUACAAUGAACGAAAUGAAAGACACAGGGACGCUUCAGGUUUGGACAGAAGAACGAAAAGCUUCCAAAGAGGCAAUAGAGUUUCUCUCCAUCAUUGGACCUAAAGAAGUAGAUCAGUGCCUGUUUGUGGACUCCUUGGAGACUGUAUCUGACACUGGUAGACAGCUGGGAGAGUUCUGUCUGAGUGUGCAGAAAGCCAGUUACAAUGAUGAGCCUUGCUAUCUGGUUCACGCUAACAGUCAUGGUGCAAUUGAUAACAUCCCAUGUGGCACUUCUAUUACAGCUUAUAUAUCCAGGGGGCUUGAGACUCUAGAAGAGAAUUGUGAUGAACAUAUGAAGUUUCAGGAACACGUGCUUGAAAGGAAAGUGCACAUAGUGAAGCAAGGCGCCCAUCUAGUGGUGAACAAAGUCAUUACAGAGAAAGAGGAAGUGAAGAAGCAAUCAUUCACAUUUUCCCUGGACUCUGUACAAGGUUUUGUUUCUGAAGCCUCUAAUCUUCUCAUUUUGCGCAUUUUGGCUCAGCAGAAGAAGAUUCCAGACAACAUGGUAUUUCUGUCAUUUGAUGCUGACACCAAGCUUGGCAUGUCAACCUAUAGGAAGCUGGACGCAAAGAAGCAGAAGAUUGGUGAAGAAGUGGUGGAUGUGUUUGGCAUAGAAAGGACCGUCACUUCAGCAGAAGACAAUUCUGCAACCUGGAUAAACUAUUUCCUCUCAGACGGACAUUUAGCCAGCAGACUGCAGGUGGGUUCUCCAGUAACGAUGAACCUCUUGCAACUUCUUCCUCUACUUAGUGUAGGUCUGUAUUUCAUUACACUUCUGCAGUUUCUUUUAAAGUGUAUAAAAACAGCUCCACAUAGACACAUUUGUUUUCCAGAUGAGAGAGACCAGAAGCCAGUUUUUGAGAAAAAGCCGUUGGUUUGGCAGGAAGACAUGGAGCUCUACUCCAAGUUUCUUGACAGAAAGGAAGAGUUGAAAGCAGAUCAUUUCUCCUACAUCCGGCAGCACCCUGAGCUGAAGACACUUUUGGCUGACUUUCUGCAAUUUCUGCUGUUGAGAAAGCCUCAGAAUGUUUUCUCCUUUGCCCAUGACUUCUUUAGCUCCUUUGCCUCACAGCCGCCACCAGACAGCACCUUUAAGACUUCAGAAACAUGACGUUUGCACAUAAUAGUAAAUCCUAACAAAUCAGGCCUUAAUGUACUGAAUUCAAUACUUAAAUAAAGCUUUUCCAUUUUGUGCAA